AUGUCUCUUAGCGUUAUUUUCACCAUUUGUUUGUUUAAGAUACCUUUUAUUGUUAAAAUCGAUGCCAAAUCUAUACGAAGUAACUCUAGUGAUGCAUUUGUUAUUGGUGCAAUUGUGGAUAUGUCAUCUCGAGUAGGCAAAGAGGCUAGGAUUGCCAUGGAAGUUGCCAGAGAUGAUUUCAGUGCAAAAACGAAUCAGAACUUAACGCUUUACACAACAAAUUCAAAAAGAAAUAUUGUUCAAGCAAUCCAUGCAGUCACCGUCUCAUUCCCAUCAUUGGCUGGCCGGAAACCGUCCCUCAAGUUACAAAAUUGGAAAAACUCACAUUCUGUGAAUCAAGAACAUUGACGAAGACUCUCUGAUUAUACCAAGACACCGUUAAAGACAUCAAAAGUUAACUCCUUUUUUGGCGAAUAUGUGAAGAAUCAAUAAAUCGAAAUUUUUUCAUGUUAUAUUAUUGCAAAACAAUAAGUAUGUUAUAGUUUUGGAUGAAAUGGUAUUAG